AUGUAUUUUUCUUUCUUCUCAAUUCAUAUUAGUGGUUCGCCAAAUUUAAAAUUAUACAUUUGGCAUCUUUAUUUUAUUUUACUCUACAUUUUUUUCUUCUUUUUUUUUCUUCUUUCUUUUUUUUCUUUCUUCUUUUUUUCUUCCUUUUUCUUUCUUUCUUCCUUUUUCUUCCUUUUUCUUUCUUUCUUCCUUUUUCUUUCUUCUUCUUUUUUCUUCUUUCUUCUUUUUUCCUCUUUCUUUCUUCUUUUUUCCUCUUUCUUUCUUCUUUUUUUCCUCUUUCUUUCUUCUUUUUUUCCUCUUUCUUUCUUCUCUUUUUCCUCUUUCUUUCUUUCUUUCUUUUUCCUCUUUCUUUCUUUCUUUCUUUUUCCUCUUUCUUUCUUUCUUUUUCCUCUUUCUUUCUUUCUUUUUCCUCUUUCUUUCUUUCUUUCUUUUUCCUCUUUCUUUCUUUCUUUCUUUUUCCUCUUUCUUUCUUUUUCCUUUUUCUUUCUUUUUCCUUUUUCUUUCUUUUUCCUCUUUCUUUUUUUUCCUCUUUCUUUCUUUUUCCUCUUUCUUUCUUUUUCCUCUUUCUUUCUUUUUCCUUUUUUUCUUUUUCUUUUUACGCCUAUUUUGGUUUGUGUCUUUUUCCUUCCUUCUCCCCCCACCCUUGUUUGGUUAGCAUUGCGAAAUAUUACUAUUUGUACUUUUUCUUGUACUCCUUUUUUUUUUCUUGUACUCUUUUUUUUUCUUUUUUUUAUUGUACUCUUUUCUUGUACAUUUUCUUGCACUUUCUUUGUUUUACUUUUUCUCCGUACUUUCUUUCCACUUAUAAUCUUUUCGACCGCUUGUACUCUUUUUUCCCUCCCACAUCGUACUCUUCCCCACCUUGUACACUUUCCCUCGUAA